AUGGCUUUCUCCAACAAAAAAUCUAAACUACUCCAAUCACUACUCAUCAAAAUCCUCAUCCCUUUUCUCUUGCUACAAUAUCACAGCGUCAAGUCACAGCAAUCCCCACUUUCAGCAUAUGAAACCGUUGGUUUCAGUUACUCCCUUUUCGAGAAAGAUAAUCCAGACAUAAUUUUGCUAGAAGAUGCUUCUGUCUCUGACGGGGUUAUACGGUUAACCAAAACCGACCCAGCUGGGAAACCAAUCCCACGAAGUGUUGGCCGAGCGGUGCAUCUCACAGCGAUUCACCUUUGGAGCAAAGACAAUGGAGAUCUCGCUGACUUCACCACCUAUUUCUCCUUUGUCGUGAACAAUAAUUCAGCACUACAUGGUGAUGGAUUUGCUUUCUUUCUUGCACCAGCAGGUCUAGAAUUACCCAAAGCAGAACCUGGUGGCUAUCUUGGGCUUUUCACCCCGGAAACUGCGUUGGACCCAACUAAGAACCAUGUCGUAGCUGUUGAGUUUGAUAGUUUUACAAAUGAUUGGGACCCCAAUGCACCAUCUCAGUUUCCUCAUAUUGGAAUUGAUAUUGACUCUGUUAAGUCAGUGGUAACUGCGGAGUGGCCAAGUGAAGUUGAACCGGGUAAUGCUGUAGCACAGGCAAGCAUAAAUUACAACUCUGAGUCAAAGAGAUUGAGUGUGUUUUUGGUUUACCCUAGGGAUAAUAGAAAUGCCACUGUCUCAACUAUCAUUGAUCUGAGGACUGUUUUGCCGGAAUGGGUCAUCGUUGGUUUCUCUGCCGCCACGGGUGAUUUGGUUGAAACACAUGACAUUCUUAAAUGGUCUUUCGAAGCAGCUUUGUAA